GAAGAGAGUAUAAGGGGAAUUAAUGGAGGGAAAUAGAAAGGCAUCAAAUGGGGUGACGCUGGAUCAUGUGCUUUUGGCGCUGGGAGAGACCAAGGAAGAGAGGGAGCUCAGAAUUCGUAAUCUUUUCAACUUGUUUGACACUGCAAAUGCUGGGUAUUUGGACUAUGCCCUGAUUGAGGCAGGCCUCUCUGCCCUCCAGAUACCCCCCGAGUACAAGUUUGCCAAGGAUCUCUUGAAUGUGUGCGAUGCAAACCGAGAUGGCCGUGUGGAUUACCAAGAUUUUAAGCACUACAUGGACGAUAAGGAGCUCGAGCUCUAUGCCAUCUUUCAGGCAAUUGAUGUCAAACACCAUGGUUGCAUCCUCCCUGAAGAGCUAUGGGAUGCUCUUGUGAGAGCAGGGAUUGAAAUUGAUGAUGAAGAACUUGCUCUCUUUGUUGAGCGUGUUGAUAAGGAUAACAACGGUGUCAUAACAUUUGAAGAAUGGAGAGAUUUUCUUCUGCUUUACCCUCAGGAGGCAACCAUCGAGAAUAUUUAUCAUUAUUUGGAAAGAGUAUGCCUUGUUGAUAUUGGGGAGCAGACUGUUACUCCAGAAGUCAUGAAUAAACAUAUCCAUGCAAGUAGAUAUCUGAUUGCCGGUGCAGUAGCAGGAGCAACAUCGCGUACAGCUACUGCUCCUCUUGAUCGCUUGAAGGUUGUUUUGCAAGUACAAACUCAACAGGCUCGUAUUAUGCCUGCAGUUAGAGAUAUAUGGAGACAAGGGGGCUUGCUGGGUUUUUUUCGUGGCAAUGGUUUAAAUGUCUUCAAGGUGGCUCCUGAAAGCGCCAUCAGGUUCUAUACUUAUGAAAUGCUGAAAAGUUAUAUCCUUCAUGCUAAUGGUGAAGAAGAUAAGGCUAAUAUUGGGAUGACAACUCGCCUUGUUUCCGGUGGUUUAGCAGGUGCUGUGGCACAAGCUGCUAUUUAUCCCAUGGAUCUUGUUAAAACACGAAUACAAACAUAUGCUUGCGAAGGUGGAAGAACUCCGAGUGUAGGAUCUCUGUCUAAACAAAUAUGGGUUCAGGAGGGACCCCGGGCAUUUUAUAGAGGCCUUGUUCCAUCUCUACUUGGAAUUGUCCCUUAUGCUGGCAUCGAUCUUGCUGCUUAUGAUACCCUGAAAGACAUGUCCAAGAAAUAUAUUCUGCAUGACACCGAACCUGGUCCUCUUGUGCAGUUGGGAUGUGGGACAGUAUCAGGUGCUCUUGGUGCUUCAUGUGUUUACCCAUUGCAGGUUGUCAGGACAAGAAUGCAAGCCCAGCGCAUAAACAAAGACUCUGCUUAUGAGGGAAUGGCUGAUGUGUUCAGGAGAACCUUGCAACAUGAAGGGUUUAGGGGAUUGUACAAGGGAAUAUUUCCCAAUCUCCUUAAAGUAGUUCCCUCUGCGAGUAUAACUUACAUGGUUUAUGAGUCUAUGAAGAAGACUUUGGACCUAUGA